AAUUUGCCGAUAUUGAUGUGUAACAGGGACGUAGCCGGAUAUUAAUUUUGCGGGUGUAAGAAUCUCUAUCUGAUUUUAAUGUAAUUUGUGAAUUUGCAUGUUUCACAAAUCGUGUUGUAAUUCUUUUUUCUUGUUUUUAUUUAUUAUUGCACGCGAAUGUUACAUUCGUUUCCAGUUCCUCAAAUUUACAUAUCAAUAACGUAUACGUGUAUAUAAUACCAGAGGGAGUAAAAGGAAGAGGAGGAGGAGGAUAGCGGAAGUGUUUACGCUGGCGGCAGACUGAAUGCACGGUCGCCCAGUUACGUUGACUGAGGAAUUAUCCCUCAGCCUUUAUCCUUUUGUGUUCCUACUAAUCCCUCCUACAUUCCGCUCGUAUGAAUUCACUUGAUUAGAAUCACUGCUUCAACUGUGUUAUCUCUCUGUUUGCUACGUUCACUAACAUAUUUUCCAACUGAUACAGAAAUAAUCCUCCAAUGGAAUGGCACGAUCAACACUUCGAAUUUUAUAAUGCCAUGUAAUUCUAUAAGAUUCCAAUUCUAAAUAUUAAUUUAUAUAUUUAUGUCACAUGUGUGUACACCGCCAAUUAAACAAGUUAACGAUCGAUAACCUACAUUUUAAUCGCAGACUUAUAAUUUUCUUCUGAAGGAAACAUUGUAAUUGAUACGUCUAUCGCCUCUGUAAUGGUUAUCAGCACGUAAUCAUACUUCUAUGAAGUGCGUUAUGUUACAGGUGACAUUAAGAAAAAAUUUUCUCUCCCUGUAUAAUAUUCCCCCUCACGCGAGUUGCACUAAGUUAUAUUAAGUUCUACGCCCAGUAAGCGAAAAAUCAUUACUACUGUGUUAUCGCAACGAUAUUCAAUAACAUGUAAUGUCUUCGAAUAUGUCUUAUUUAAUGUUUUAUACAUCAUCAUUAUGAACAAAUUUUGACCCUGAUUUGGAGAUUUCGACAAUAUUGAAAUGGAAGUGUCGUAACGUUGUGAAUAACGCUGCGCUAAGGUUUUUCUAUCAUUCCCAUAAUAUUUUUGAGAUAAUAUUGAUGAAACGAUAAAAUUUAAACGUACUAUCAAUGAUAUCUAUGAAUACCACUUUGGUGCCCCCUUUAUUAUUAAAAAAAAAAAACGUUCAAAAAUACACAUAAAUAAAGUCAACAUUUCUAAACGUUAAUUUAAUGUUCCUUGCUUACUGGGACGUUUACUCAAGGAGCUGUAAAAAUUAAUUGUUUCGGAUCAAUAUCUGCAUUAUGAGUGACUGAUCGAGAGAAUUCGUCUGGUUCGAUUAGAUUUCAUCGCGUCUCGGAGGGAAAGAAAUAUCAUCAUGGACCUCGACUGAAAAGAGCAAUACGCCGGAGCCAUAAGCGAGACCACCUCGCGUGAGGUGUUAUCGUAAUGACCUUAACUCUCUUUCGCGCAUACGUGCGAUAGAAAGCGAGGUAAAGGGAACAAGGAAGCAAAGAAAGUAAAACUAUCGCUGCUCACGUGCGCGCCAACUCGGCGGUGUUUCCACGUGCAAAAGAUUUCAGAGAACAACGGCGUGAUAUUCGCGCGAGAGGACGAUUUAGGACGCGAUUACGCACUCGGAAAUCUCAGUAAAGAUAUCGAUUCGACCUGUCAGUCUGGUGGGGUGGCCCGCCGUGUUUCUCAGUGCCGGCCUCGCGCGUUCCUGAGCCAUGAUACAAAAAACCACGCUUUUCCCUCCUCCUCGAUGUUUACAAAAAUAUAAUCGUAAGUGGCCAAAUUAUAUCUAAUAAUGAAGCAAAUUGUCAGCGGCCAUUGCGCCGGCAAGCUCGAAGUGACGAUCGAUCAGCGAAUUAACAAUGACAAUGACGAAGAUCGUGAACGAAGGAUAACCGUAACGACUUCGUGCGACGUUCGCGUUUAGCCCGCGACAAUAUCGGGAAAAUGUUGAAUUCUUUAAACGUUACAAGGUUCUUUCUCAUAAUGAGAAUCUGAGCUGUAUUUCUUUAAACGUUCGCGUGUGUGGAUGUGUGUGUUUCCUGCCGUUUCUCUCCACCCUUGUUAACCGACUGCUUUUGCGCACAGGGGAAAGAAGAGAGAGAGAGAGAGAGAGAGAGAGAGAGAGAGAGAGAGAGGGGAAAGAGGAGAGACGUCCGAAACACGUUCCUCGCACCGAUUCAAGGUCGCUCGAUGAUCCUUCCUCGCCAGCAGCUAACAAGACUACGCAGAGCGCAGGCGCUGACGCUCUUGCUCGAGGGGUCAGUCUACGGGGGCGAGAAAGUGAUGGUACUUCGGCCGUAGCGUACAGUCACGGGGUGGACAUGACCUCAUCGGGCUCGCCGACGAACCACCCCCCGCUCUGAUGCGACGUCCUAGUGCUGGUGAUUCGUUUUCGGGGAAAACUGCGGGAACACCCCCGCGUGCGUUCGCAUCCGCCCCAGCGGUCAGAGAAUGAUGUAACGUUCGCGCAAACGACGAGGGGUGAGUGUGCGAAUAUUUGUAAGCCCUCUUUCUCUCUCUCUCUCUCUCUCCCUCUCUUUCCCGUAUGUUCGGAUCCGCAUCGUUUCCGAGGAAAACAUGUCUCGUAUAUAUCUUCCGUCGACCGUCCGAAAGGUUCUUUUUUCGUUCAGUCGGAGCGGAGGAUUUCUUUUCUUCACCGUUGUUCGUUGUCGCACUGACCCCGCUCGGACGAAGCGAGCUCAGCGAGACCACCCGGACAGUACAAAACCUAAAACUGGGACAUAAGACGGCUUAAAGACAUCUUAUGGAUAUGUUAUUUAAAGACAGCUUUAAGACGUCUUAUGUCCCAGUUUUAGGCUUUAUGCUGUCUGGGUAACGAUAUCGUUCCUUCGCUUGGUGGUCUCGCUCGAGCUGAAGACGAGGGAGGAUAGUUUACCGGUGCAACCGGGUGCUCUCGGCUAGGUCGAGUAUGACAGCUGUUGUACAGACGCGGACGCGAUGAUCACUAGCGAGAGGCCGGACUCGCGUCGGAUUCACGCCUUCAGCCUCGGCGUUUUGCGAUCCAGGUCCGCCACUCAAGAUGGAUGUUCACGGUGCCGGGGUGGUCGCCGUUCUGGGCACCGUUGGAGCCGCUACCGGGGCAAUCUCGGCGGUGAUCGUCUACACCAUUUGUGCGCGCCGCCGCCGACUGCCGCUGCUCACUACAGGGCCGCUCAACUGGUUCGAAAGGGACCUGCUGGACAGAGCCGAAGAAGCAGCGAGAUCGUCGAAGGAUGUUUUGGUCGGUCUUUCCCGGGAUAACAAGAUCUCUAGGCGUAGCAACAGCCCGUCGGACGACGACGAGUGGCAGUCGGAUCAUGUGUUCGAUAGCAUCGCCAGCGAUUCUCCCAGAAGAGUUAGACAGCAUCUUUCGGAAUCAGACGACAUCCCGCCGUCCCCGAUGAGCCCUCUCGCCCCGCCGCUUCCGGAGGGGGCGGUGGUCGCGUCCGAGAAGCGUAUGGUGAUCGUCAAGCCGCCGGCGCGGAGCAUAGACGGCUCUCAUUCCCGGCUGAACAGUGUCGAAAUCGAAUCGGCGUCGCGGCACAAGCUCUCAUCCUCUUCCUCGACCUCAUCGUCUGACGAAGUCCGAGGCGAAUUAAAGCUGGGCUUGAUCUACGAUGCGAACUCCGGGAUACUCACUGUCAGGCUGAUCGAGGCGCACGAUCUCCGCGCCCGUGAACUGAGCGGCAUCGCGGAUCCCUAUGCUAAGAUACGUUUGCUACCCGACCGCAGCAACGUGUGGCAAACCACGAUACACAGACGCACGUUGAAUCCCGUAUUCGACGAAGACUUCGUCUUCGAAGUAGCGCCCGAGUCAUCGUUAGCCGGGAGAACGUUGGAGAUCCUGCUGUACGACUUCGACGCGUUCACGAGGCACCGUGGCUUGGGUUACGUGCAGCUCCCUUUAUCCUCCGUGGCGGAUUUAGGCGCGGAUCUCAUCACUGUCACGAAGCCGGUCCUGCGAUAUGGAGCGGAGGGUGGAUUUAAAGCGCCACCGUUGGGCGAGUUGAUGGUUUCCAUCUCGUAUCAUCCGUCUAUAGAGAAACUGACGGUCAUCGUCGUCAGAGCGAGAAAUCUUCCAGUCCUCGACGAUCCCGCGAACGCGAAUCCAUACGUAAAAGUAUCACUCAUCCAGGAUGGUAAGAGUCUGAAGAAGAAGAAGUCGGGCGUGCAGCGCGAGGUCACCAGUCCGGUGUGGAACGACAUCCUCAGCUUCGACAUCAGCAGCGACGUUUUGCCGAAGUGCGCCUUACAGUUCUCGGUCUUGCGAUCCAACGGCGAUCUCUUGGCCAAAUGCGAGGUGUCCACCUCGUGCCAGAGAGAAUUGUUUCAGCGCGUGUUGUCCGGCAAGGGCGCUUCGGCGCAAUGGUUACCAUUGUCGGAGCCGGAGACGCAACGUGUUGAUCACGGCGAGUCGAAAGAUUAAGGAGAAGCGUCUCCGUUGAAAUAUUAAAUAUAAGUAUAUGAGAACGCGUUUUAAUAAGUGCAAAAUAUCGCUGGUAAUAUCGCCACUUUGUCGAAUGAAAAAUGCCCGUUGCUUCGGAGAGAAAGAGAGAAAGAAGAAAGAGAACAGAAGGACAUUUAGUCUCGAGGACUCGGUUCCCUCGAGUUUUUUUCUGUCUAAUUGGAUAAGUUGAAAGCGGAUUUCUGUCCAACUGUCUGAGAUUAUAUAUCUUCCUCGAUAAAGAUGAGAAAUCGAGUCGCCCCGUAGCUUUCCGUGGUAUUACUACUUUCUAGUGAUCUUCUUGGUCUUCUAAUAAGUUGCGAACUUCCGUGAUAGUCGGGUCGUAUUAUCAGAAUGCGUACUCUUUGUAUCGAUGCAAGGCACGUUGCGACUUCCGAGUGCGCAACGAGUAUUUUUACAAACGCACAACCUGUUGUUAAGAACGAACGAGCCGCUGAAUCUGCCAAGUACGUUUCGACGAGAUUUCAGCGACAGAGAGCUGUGCGAUCGCCAGAUAUCUAUUUUCAGCUUGCUUACAUCGAGAGUCUCGUUACACAAUUAUAUUUGCCGUGGAUCACCGUUAAUUCGCAAUUUCGAGCGCAAUAUAGCAGCAAUCUGCUGUCGAUAGCAGCUGGAUUAAUUCUCGUAUAUCGAACGACGCUCAAUAUUUUUCGCGACAUCUAUCAACGAUCGUAUAUUUUCUAUUUUGUUAUUACGCUUUUAUAAAAAGAGAUAUUAUUACAUUGCGAUAAUAAGACUUGAUGUGCAGUGAGUGGAGGAAGUGCUUGCAUGUGGGCUGUGGUUUUGGUACGACCUCAUGCAAAAAAGAAAAAUAUUACUACAAGUCUGUGUGCUCCUGGGGAAAAUGAUUAUAUAUAAUUAUAUAAUAUCAUAUAUGAAUUUUGCCCAUAUAUGUGGUUACAUAUAUGAUCAUAUGUCUGUGCGAAAAAAAUGAUAUUAUGUCAUUUAAUUAAAUGUCGAUAUCAUGCGCUGUCAGAAGCCAUCCAGAAACAUUUAUUUCGAUUGUAUUUGCAUAUAAUUAGCAACAGUAUUUUUUCGUUGUGGACAUAUAAGAUUAUAUA